AUGCAAUCCUUCAAUCCAAUCAGGAUGGUGAUGCUUGGCGCACCUGGAGCUGGAAAAGGAACACUUUCCAGAAGACUUCUUGCCAAAAUAAGCCAACUUAGCUCAAUUUCUACAGGUGAUCUUUUACGUGCACAAAUUGCUAAGAAUACGGACAUAGGCAAAACAGCUUCCGGCUAUAUCAAAAGCGGAAAGCUUCUCCCGGACACGUUCAUGGCAAAUUUGCUAACGGCUGAACUAUCAAAGAAAAAUUGGCUUAACGAAAAAGCAUCAUUUCUUUUGGAUGGCUUUCCAAGAACUGCUGGUCAAGCGGAGCAGCUCAGCAAAGCCUUGAACCCUCAUAAAGCCAAUAUAAACUUAGUACUGGAGCUUGAUGUUCCACCGGAAGUGAUUUUAGAUAGAAUUGCAAAUAGAUGGAUACAUCCGGGAUCAGGAAGAGUGUACAAUUUAAGGUAUAAUCCACCAAAGGUGCCAUUCAAGGAUGAUGUCACGGGAGAGCCUUUAGCAAAAAGAGCUGAUGAUAAUCCAGAAACAUUCAAAGUGAGGCUUUCGCAAUAUUUCGAGGAACUCAAGCCGAUUAAGCAGUUUUAUGCUAAAGAAGGUGUUUUGAGGACGUUAUCUGGAGAGACUUCAGACAUUAUAUUCCCUAAAAUGCUUAAGCUAGUUGAAGAUGAAUUCGAAAGACAUUAG